ACAAGUUGCUUGUCCUGCGCUUCUCUACCAGUGACGUCAUAAUCACGCGCCGCAUUAACCAUCGAGCUGACUGCAGCGCCUUCCCGAGUACAAGGAGCAACAACAACAACAACGUCUUUUUAUUAAUAACUGUCGUCAUCUCCGUCUGGAAUACUCAAAUAUUUGCCACCAGAGAUACAAGUUGUGCUGUCACCUUUCUUGGCUGUCCAUCAAGCGGUCUCUGCCUCCGCGGCCAUGACAGACACCAAGCGUCUCGCCUUCUCCAUCAUCCGCUUCCUCCACGAGCAGCUCGAGUCAGGGAAUCUGUCAUCGGGAGCCCAGGAGAGCCUGGAAGUGGCGGUCCAGUGUUUGGAGACCGCGUUUGAAGUGUCCAAGGAUGACCAGAGCCUCGCUGUCUCCCUAACGUUACCCGAGAUCUUCGCGGCCACUGCCAGCAAGUCGCAGGUCAACAACAACACCACAGCAAACUCAAUCAGCGACGAGCAGAAAGCAGAGGCCGAGAGACUCAAGACGGAUGGUAAUGAUCAAAUGAAAGUGGAGAACUUUGCCGCUGCUGUCGAGUUUUAUUCCAAAGCCAUCGCCAUCAACCCUCAGAACGCUGUCUACUACUGCAACAGGGCGGCGGCACUGAGCAAGAUAGGAAACUACGCGGGGGCGGUGCAGGACUGUGAGCAGGCCAUCAGCAUCGACCCAAACUACAGCAAAGCUUACGGCAGAAUGGGGUUGGCCUUGGCGAGUCUCAACAAGCACACAGAGGCAGUGUCCUUUUACAAAAAAGCUCUAGAGCUGGACCCUGACAACGACACAUACAAGUCCAACCUGAAGAUUGCAGAAGACAAGAUGGACACCACUAGUCCUACGGCGGGCAUUGGUGGAGUGGACCUGGCUGGACUGCUUAGUAAUCCUGGUUUCAUUAAUAUGGCGUCGUCGUUAAUGACCAACCCUCAGGUCCAGCAAAUGAUGUCAGGAAUGAUGUCUGGAGGAUAUGGCGGAAUGGGUAGUGGUGGUGGGGGAGGAGGAGGAGCAGCAGCAGCAGCAGCAGGAGGAGGAGGCAGCAGCGGCGGAGUUCCAGGGGGUACAUCAGCUGGAGAUUUAUCAGGACUCAUCCAAGCAGGUCAACAGUUCGCUCAGCAGAUGCAGCAACAGAAUCCAGAACUCAUCGAGCAGCUCAGGAGUCAAAUCCGCAAUCGGACGCCCAGCGCUGGCAACGAGGAGCAGCCAUGACACGCUUGUGGGGGUUUCUUUUCACUUGGACCGUUGUUGUAACUGGAAAGACUCAAAAGAACAUCAUUUGUUUCAUUACUGAAGAAUUUCUGCAUGAGAAGAGCCUCCACACCGCCAUCAGCCACGCCCUGUGAAGGAAGCCUCUCCCACUUCCUGUGUGCGUGCGUUUGUGUGCGUGUGUCUGCAGAGGUAGUCAUGGAGACAGUGAGCUGGUUCAACAAUUAAAGAACAUUUUAUGUC